UUAAACCCCACGUCCCCACUCCAUCUCUUGCUUUCCUUUCAAACAGGCUCUUUCUGUUUCUCUUGUAACGCCAGCGGUCGCGCCUUCUUCCUCUGUUCGUUCCCUCCCGGCGCUCUUUCUUCGCCUCAAAAUAUCCCAAGCCGAGCGUGUCGGCGUAUUUCUUGUUCUGCCACUUCGUUUGGUUUUCCUUCCUUCCGUCUUUGGCGAAGGAAGAGAUCCAGAAGAAGGCUACCAUCCUGUCGAUCUGGCCUAUAUUGCCUUCUAAGAGUGUUUAUGACUUCCUUAUCUGGAAGAUGGGGGACCAUCUUGCAUUGCUGGUAGAUCGCCUACUUACGGAAGCGACACUAGCGGCCACUAUAGAAAGCAGAAGAAAGCCCGAAACGGGACAAACCAUGCUAUUACCAACUGCUUCUGGGAGUGAAUUAAGUCAAAAGAGGAUUGCUAUGAAUGGUGGAAAACUAGUUGAAUGCAGGAUCUGCCAGGAUGAAGAUGAGGAUUAUAAUUUGGACGUUCCCUGUUCAUGUCGGGGCAGUCUAAAGUUUGCCCAUCGAAAAUGCAUUCAACGAUGGUGUAAUGAGAAGGGUGACACAACAUGUGAGAUAUGCCAGCAGCAAUUCAAGCCAGGCUAUACUGCUCCUCCCCAGUUGUUUCACUAUGGGGGUGCUCCUAUGAAUUUUAGGGGAAGCUGGGGGGUGUCUCGUAGGGAAGUCCAAGAUGCACAAAUCAUAACAAUUGUUCCAUCAGAUCGGGACUUGAUCAACUCGGAUUAUGAUUACUAUACAUCUACCAGUGCAAGAAGCUCAAUGUAUUGCCGUUCCGUGGCCAUAAUAUUCAUGGCUCUCCUAAUUCUUCGCCACACAUUGCCCAUCAUGAUAAGUGUUUCUGAGGACGAUGAGCAGUAUUCAUUCACACUAUUCACGAUGCUAGCCUUGGGGAUUGCUGGAAUACUUCUGCCAGUUAUCAUAAUGAUCAGGGUAAUAAAUGCAUUUCAAUGCCGUCAGCAUUAUCAGAGAACCCAUGGUUUAAACAUUUCAGAAGAGCAAAUACUCUCUCGAGAGCAGCUAAUCUAAAUCCGCUAAUACACUGCUGAUGGUUUCAUAACAUCUGGAACUAUAGUUGUAAAUAGGAAACCUGAAACGAAAAAAUACAAAAAAUGAUAACGAGAAAAUGCUUUGUGAAAGGUGAGGUGUGAAUUUACUGUAUUUAUUCAAUGUACAUAGAAAGAGGCUAUUCUCUCCAGAUGUUUGGAGCUGCUGCUGUAAUGUAAAUAUUAUUAUCCUUGUAAAAGAUUAAGGUUCAUUAGUGAUAUAGAAGCUUUUCUCAAAGAUUAGCAGGA